GGGAUGUAACACAAGGGUAAGAUUGGGCAGACAAAGAUCAUUCUCAUGGUAAUGCCACUUGGCCAUCCUUCCUUAAAAGCAAAGCAACUCAGUCAUGUAAUGCACUUUAGCCAUGUCCCCAUGUCAGCAGGGAAAGGAUGGUGUGAGUCCUGUGCUUCAAUGCAUCACAAGUGCAUCUUUCUUUCUUUAGCUGGUUCCUGGAUCUCUGUGUCUGAGAUGCAUAGGCCCUGUGUGUAUUUGUGAUGUGUGCUCCUCGAGCUGGGCCAGCAAGAGAGGUGCUUAGACUGAGUACUAUCAUCUCCAGGGGACAGAAAAUACGUGCACAGCCAGAGAUCCCUGUGGUUUAGAAAAGGAGGGUUGUUUGUCUCCUGGAGAUUGCCUGAAAGCUCUAGAAGCACUCUCCAUGAUAAGAUCGAUGAUAGCUAUAAAGCACUGUGCACCUCUAAUUCCAGGAUUCCACGGUAAAUGAACGACGACUCUAUACCUAGACUAAUUUAAAAACUGGUGUUCCGGUUUUAUCGCAUCACUUUCCUUCCCACUUGCUCUUGCUUCUCCAUGAGACAAGAGUUCAGUCUGACAUGAUUAUUCGUGGGUUUAGUUCCAUGGUGUUAGAAAGCUCUCAUUCCCCUUUUUCCCAUUGUCUUUUCCUGUAUGAGUUGUGUUGGAGCAUGGUGUUACCUAUUCCCCUGAAGAAGGACUGUCACCACAGGCAGAAGAUGUUUUUGGAACGGUGGUGGUAUGGCACUGAACAUUUGGAAAAGCUCACGCUGCUUUGCUCUGCAGUCAUACGCUGCAUCACGGCCACGCAGGACACGCUUUCCUGUAAAGGUGACAUGGGAAGAACACCCGAGCGCUAUUCCAGCCACAAACAGCCUGCUGCUGUUGGGAGAGUCCUUGUAGCCGUAUAGUUUGCAGGCAAGCUGUGUGAGCACGCCGGCGUUUGUGAAAGGCUGCGAGUCGGCGGCCAGGAGCGCGUCCCGUCCCGGAGCAGUCCCGCCGCAGGCCGCAGGGUGGUGCUCGUGGCCAAGGCGGCGGCGAGCGGCUGCGAGCGGGGAGGCGGCCGAGCCCAGCGCAGCGCAGCGCAGCGCAGCCGGGAGGCGGCGGCGAGCGGUCGUCCGCGGCGUCCUCCGCAGCAGCCGCUGCCGGUCCCGGAGUGCCGCGCUGCGGGCCGCCAGCCGAGCUCGGCGAGAGGGAGAGAGGGAGGCCGCGAGGGAGGGCGCCCGCCCUUGGCGCCGCGCUGCUGCCGGGCGCCGCUUCCCGCGGAGGACUGCGGCAGACGGAGGGUGUCCGCCGCCCCGCCAUGGCGUCUGCAAGGCAAGUGCUUUGUCUGUGUGCUUUGCUGUGCGUGCCGCGCGUUCGCUGCGAGCCCAUCCGCUACUCCGUAGCCGAGGAGGGGGAGAGCGGCUCCGUGGUGGCCAACGUGGCGGAGGACGCGGGGCUGACGCCGGCGCAGCUGUCGGCUCGCCGGGCACGCAUUGCCUCCGCGGACGGCCGGCAGCAUUUUCGCUUAGAGCGCGCCACCGGCCGCCUCGUCCUGGCGGAGCGGCUCGAUCGCGAGGAGAUGUGCGGCCGCUCGCUUACCUGCACGCUCGCCUUCGAGCUCCUGCUGGAAAACCCGCUGCAGUUCUUUCGUGUCGAGGUGGCCGUGGAGGACGUCAACGACCACUCACCGGUCUUUCCCGGGAAACGAGUAACUUUUAAGAUCCCGGAAUCCAGCAACCCUGGAUUGCGUUUUCCCGUGGAGGCGGCUCAGGACCUGGACGUUGGCAGCAACAGUAUCCAGGCUUACACCAUCGCUCCCGAGAACGAGUACUUCAGUGUUUCCUCUGAGAAUCUGGCUGAAGGUAACAAGUAUAUAGAAUUGGUAUUGGAAAAGCCUCUCGACAGAGAGGAGCAGCCAGAGCUCCUUUUGAGUCUCAUUGCCACAGACGGUGGCUCUCCACCUAGGAGCGGGACUGCCCAAAUCCACAUCAUAGUUCUAGAUGCAAAUGACAAUGCUCCUACCUUCACACAGAAGCUUUACAUUGGUCGGAUAUUGGAAAAUGCCCCAGCAGGCUCUGUGGUUCUCAGUGUCGUGGCUAAUGAUCCAGACGUGGGACUGAAUGGUGACAUCUCCUAUACGUUCAGCCAAGCAGUCAGUGAGAGCCAAUUGCCUUUCACAAUUGAUGACACGAGUGGUGAAAUUCGUGUCACAAAGCCCCUGGAUUUUGAGACCACACAGAAAUAUGAGCUCAGUGUACAGGCAACUGAUGGUGGGGGUCUCUCAGGCAUGUGCAAUAUAGUCGUGGAGUUGGUGGAUAUGAAUGACAAUGCACCGGAGGUGGUGGUGAGUUCCUUCAGCAGCCCCCUCCCUGAGAACACGGAGCCUGGGACAUUGGUAGCCCUCUUUGCUGUGAGGGACAGGGAUUCUGGUGUGAAUGGGGAGAUCAUCUGUGGUCUUGCAGACCAGCUCUCCUUCUCCCUGAGGCCAGCCUAUAAGAAUUACUAUGAGUUAGUUACAGCAACCACGUUGGAUCGGGAGGAGACAUCUCAGUACCUUGUGGUCAUCACAGCGGCAGACACAGGCUCUCCUCCUCUCACCACUACCCAAACCUUCACAGUGGACAUCUCCGAUGUAAAUGACAAUGCCCCUGUCUUCAACCAGACAUCAUACACCAUGUAUGUGCGAGAGAACAAUAUCCCUGGAGUGCUUGUUGGGGCUGUCAGUGCAGCGGACUCAGAUGCAGGACCCAAUGCCAAGGUGACCUAUUCCCUGAGGCCUGUGCACCCCACUGAGCGGGACCCCUGCUCCUGCAUCUCCGUGAACUCAGAGAACGGACAUGUGUUUGUGCUGCGUCCACUGGACUAUGAGCAGGUGAGGCAGCUUGAGGUGCUGGUGAGUGCCACCGAUGCGGGGUCCCCUCCCCUCAGCACCAACGUCACCGUCCGCCUUCUUGUGGUGGACGAGAACGACAAUGCCCCACUGGUGUUGCACCCUGCUCAGGACAGCAGCCCGCCAUCCAGUGAGCUGGUGCCAGCGUCAGCUGAGGUGGGGGACCUGGUCACCAAAGUGGUGGCUGUUGAUGCGGACUCUGGUCAGAACUCGUGGCUUUCCUUCCACCUGCUGAGGGCCACAGACCCCGGGCUGUUUGCUGUGGGUAGCCAAAAUGGGGAGGUGCGUCUGAGGAGGCCAGUGACAGAGAGGGAUGCAGUGAAGCAGAAGCUCGAGGUGCUGGUGCGUGACAAUGGGCGGCCACCUCUGUCGGCCACUGCAGCACUGAACGUACUCCUCCUUAAUGGCCUCUCACAGGAACACCUGCCACAGCAGGAGCUGGCUGUGCAGGAUGAAGACAGCUCCCUGACAAUCUAUUUAAUCGUUUCACUGGUCUUUGUCUCCCUCCUCUUCCUCACAUCUGUCGCCGCCUUUGUUGCUUGCAAGGUGUGCAAGAGAAAGGAGCUGAAAGGAGGGCACAUGCUAUAUGGUACAGGAAACAUGCAGAGUAGUCUUGCUGCUGGGGCUGCUGCUGGGACCCUGCCCCACGCCUAUUGCUACGAGAUCAACCUUACCACGGGGUCGGGCAACAGCGAGUUCAAGUUCCUGAAGCCCAUCCUCCCCAGCCUGCCACCACAGCACUCUGGCACAGGCAGGGGUGUUGCUGACACAGAGGAUUUCCCACCCGUCCCGAACUCCAUGGGGGAUGCAGCCCUGGACAUCUCUGGUACACCAUCUGUUGGACACUUUAAUGGCCUUCCCUUUAACUAGGUCUGUGUCUACACAGUGGAAAGCUUAAUGCGUUGGAGCUGGAAGGUAUCUGGCUAAUGAUAUUCAGUCUUGUGUCCUGGGGAUUAAAUCUACAUUUGUAAUUGGCUUUACAAGUGACUUUCUAAUACUAAGUCAGAUGUAUGUUUUUCUUCACCCCACCAAAAAUAGUAGGAAUUAAAAAAUGUAAGAAAACCAAGGCUUUCUGCUCAUGCAAUGAUGUAUUUCAGUUCUGAUAAUGAGUUCUCCAAAGUGCUUUAUGAGCAAGGUUUGAUCCUGGCUCUCUUGCUAAAUGCUAGUCAUUUGGAAAAACCUUGGCAAUCACCCUUUGUUCUCGGGCAAUGAUAUACUUCAGGUGUGAUAUUGUUGCUUCAUUAGGAAGGUUUGAUUCAGGCUCCCAACCUAAGUGCUUGUUAAUAGGAAAAACCUUAACUUUCACCCUGUCUUAUUCUGUCCUGAAACAUAAUGUUGAGGUUGGGCAGAUGACAGUGCAGUAUAGCCCUUCUCCCUUGUCUGCAGGGAAGAAAGGUGUUAGCCCUGUGUAUCACUGCAGUGGAAGUGCUUCUCUCUUUCUUUGCUGAGUCCUGGAUCUCUCUGUGUGAGGCAUGUCAGCACCAUGUGUUUUUGCACUGUGUGGUCUUCCACCUCAGUUGGCUUGAACCAUGUAUUUUACUGGGUUCUGCCAUCUCUUCUUCUGCAGGGUACAGCAAAUACAUGCAGAGCCAGACUUUGCAGUGGUCCAUGUGCUUGGGAGUGACUCAAAACUAUAGCACGACUAAUGAUUCCAACAGACACUACUUAUACAUAGCUAUGACCCUGAUCAUUGUGUUUGGGUGGAUGGCAAGGCAUCUUGAUACAUUGCCUCAGAGGACAUUUGUCUACAAUGCAGAAGAAAGAUAGACUUUAAAACAGAAUAUCCUUUUUUCUGUUAUUGUUUUCAUUCUUGCUUGAAGGGGUUCCUCAAUGAAAGGGAAGUGCUACCAUGGUCUGCUCUUCCAGUUUUUUGUUAGAAUGCUUGCAUCUUCCUUUUUUUCCCUUUCUCCUUUGGCUGUGUAUUUAAGCAUUGUCGUACGAAUUCCCCUAAGAAGGACUGACAUCCAACAUAUAACAAUUGCUCGUUGGAAAGAAGGUGUUCUGGGACUGGAUACAUAAACACCCUUAUGUUCUGUUGUGCUGCAUUAUACACUGUAUCAUUUUUAAGCUGGUGUACACUUGUCUGUAAAAGUGAAAUGGAAUGAAUUCCCAAGUGCCAUUCUGGCAAUAAAAAGGAUGCUGUUGUCCUGGGUCA